AUGGCGUCCGCCGCCCGCAAGCGCGCCCGCACCGGCGGCGGUGAGGCGGACGAGGAGCCCGUGCCGGUCGCGGCUGGCUUCGAGGCGCCCAUCUUCGGCGUGCGUAUCGUGGGCCAGGUCUCCACGCUGGCGCUCGAGGGCGAGGACGGCCCUCUAUCGCUCGGUCAGGUUGGCGUCGCAAGCGAUCACGCGGGCGCCUGGUACGUCUCGACGAAGGACUCGCUGCUGCACGUCUCGGCGGCCGGGCGCGUGCGCCGCGUGGCAGCUUUGCCGGCAGUAGGAGUCAACCGCAUUGCUGCCAUUCCAGACGGGAGCGCGCUGUUUGUGGCAGACUGGAGCAGCCACGAGAUCGGGCGGGUGGAGGUGGCGACGGGCGAGGUGACCAUCCUCGCUGGAAGCGGCGACGAGGGCGACGCCGAUGGCGUGGGCGACGCGGCGGAGAUCUGCUGCCCAAAUGGCAUCGCCAUCAGCCCAGACGGGAGCGCGCUGUUCGUGACAGACUCCAGGGCAUCAGAAGGGACCAAGAGGAGUCCAGUCUGA